AUGAUACGCAAACAAGCACGCCAAAGGCGCGAUUACCUCUACCGGAGGGCGCUUCUCCUUCGCGAUGCCGAGAUCAGCCAGAAGAGGGCCAAGCUGCGCGAGUCACUCGCGUCUGGAAGAAGCCUCGAUCCCACCAUUGCGAACGACAAGGCGUUGAGGAAGGACUAUCAGUAUGACGAGUCUGCGGCGGACCUGAGCACAAACGAAGCCCUCGAUCUGGACGAUGAAUACGCCCAGCUCUCUGGCAUCGUCGACCCCCGCGUCCUCGUCACGACAUCACGCGACCCAUCUGCGAGGCUGUCGGCCUUUGCCAAAGAGAUCAGACUACUGCUUCCCACCUCAAUACGGAUGAACCGUGGCAACUUGAUUCUGCCAGACCUGGUCCGGUCUGCAUCGUCGGCAGGCUUGUCGGAUAUUGUCCUGCUGCACGAGCAUCGUGGUACGCCCACGGCGUUGACGCUUACCCACUUCCCACACGGUCCUACGGUGUCCUUUUCUCUACACAACGUGGUGCUACGGCACGACAUUCCCGGGAGCGUUCGAGGAACAGUGAGCGAGUCGUACCCGCACCUGAUUUUCGACGGAUUUACGACUCCUCUGGGCAACCGGAUAGUCAAGAUCCUGAAGCACAUCUUCCCGCCGAGAGAAGCGAUCACGAGCAAGAACAAGGUCGGAAACAGGGUUGUUACGUUCAAGAACUUCGAGGACAGCAUCGAGGUUCGGCACCACGUCUUUGUGCGGACGGGUUACGACAGCGUCGAGCUCGCCGAGGUCGGUCCGCGGAUGACGAUGCGACCGUUUGAGAUUCGCGGCGGCACGCUCGAAAAUAAGGAGGGCGAUGUGGAGUGGCAUUUGACGCAGUAUACCCGGACGGCCAAGAAGAAGAACUAUCUGUGA